GCACUUCGCCUCUCCCCUGUCGACCCUCCCUCGGUUCCGGUCGGCUCUUUCUCAUAUUCUCCAGUCAGUCUCUGACGCCGGUAUUGAACCGCACUUUUGAAACGUCUCCGCGUUUAUUACCAACCCCCCCAAAGUACGCACAUUCGCCGUUUUUGUAUGUGAUUAUUUGUCCUCUGUACCAGGGCUCACGAGUUAUUCAAAACGACUCAUUGAUGCUGGAAUUUAACAAGGGAUGAGCGAAUUUGGGGGAGAGAAAAUCCCAGCUGUUUGGGGCUCACCAGGAAGGAGAUAGUUGCAAGUCGUUUUUGAAAAAGAUCCUCUGACCAAAACAGGCGACAGAAUGGAGAACGGUACUGAAGAUAAACCGAAAGGAGAUUUUGUAUCUGAUGAAAAGAGGCAGAUUGCAGAGGAAGAGAAAGAAAAAAUGAUAAGAGGGACAGAAGAAAAAGGAGUCAAAUUGAGCGAAGUUGAGAAGAAGAGGAAAGCCCUUGAAGAAGCAGCUAUGGGCGAUGUCGACAAACGUCGAAUUCCAAUUGGCGGAAUCAAAAUACCUGGAUUUCUCAAAACUACCAGAUCUCGAGAGAAAACAAAGGAAGGUGAUGAUAACGAAGAAGGAGCAGAUCUUCUAGAGCAGCCUUGUACAGAAGUCAGAGUCAACGAAGAAAAAGAAAAAGAGGCCAAAUCUGAAAAUACGAGCAGGCUACCUUUAUUUGACAAAUUUGCCAAUCUCAAAUCUUCAUUCAUGAAAAAGAAAUCGGUACAACAAGAUCCAACAGAUAACUCUACCAAGGAAACGGAGGAAUCAAAUGGCCUUAGGAGACCAAAUUUAAUAAAUGCCAUUAGAUUACCAUUAGCAAAUCUAGUGCCGAAAAAAAAAACCAAGGAUGAAGAAGAAAUAGGAACGCAAGCCGGUUUGGCAUCUAUGGAAACACUUGAUGAUGAUUCAAAACACGAUGAUGGGAUGGAAAAUAUAAUAUUGGAAUCUGUUGAUAUCGAUCCUGAAAAAGCUGGUUUAGAAGAUGAACAGGAAGAGUGGAAACUAACCGACUGGGAGAAGCACUGGGAGAUGGUUAAACAACACAAAGUUGCUGCCAGUGGCAUCCUCAUAUUUAUGGUGUUAUUCCUGGUGUUGAUUAUCACGGUAUUGGCUGGACCCAGAGUUAAUACACACGCACCAAUCAUCGAAGGAAAAUAUAUAAAAGCAAUUACAACUUGUGGUUUUGUUGAAGGGCUGAUAGAAGAUAAUGCUUUUGUGUUUCGUGGUAUACCGUACGCAAAUCCGCCAACUGGCCCUCGGCGGUUCAGGCCACCUGAACCACAAACUCUGGAAGAAUGUUGGGAUGGAGUUUUCAAGGCUCAUAAUCAGACUUCUUCAUGUUGGCAGAUAUACGGUAACAGUUCUUUGAAUGGAGAUGAGGAUUGUUUAACCUUGGAAGUGUACACACCACAAGUCCAGUAUGAAAACCCCCUUCCAGUUAUUGUUGUCAUUGGAAGUGAUUCUUUGUUAGGAGGAUGGCCAGGUGGUAUGCACCCAAGUACCAAGCUUUCUCAUGCAAAAGAAGUAGUCAUAGUGAGGCCUAACUUCCGUUUGGGUACUCUAGGUUUUCUUGCAGCAAAAGCCUUAUCUGACAAUAGGUACCCAAGAACAUCAGGUAAUUAUGGGUUGGCAGACGUUAUCAGAGCCCUUGAAUGGACCAAUAUUAAUAUCAGGAAUUUUGGAGGAGACAAAAAUCAUAUAACAGUUGUUGGACAUAGGGCUGGUGCUACAUUGGUCACCGCAUUGACGUCAAUUCUAAAGCCAGAGAAACUCUUCCAACGAGUAUGGAUAUCCUCUGGGACGACCGUGUUCCCCAACAUGACCCUAAGAGAAGCAGAAAAACAAUCUGAAGAAUAUAUUAACGGCUUAGACUGCAACAUAAAUACAACAUCUGGAGGCAUUGCCGAAUGCUUAACAAAAAUGGAAAUUGAAGACCUGCUCGAUGCCAUUCCUGAUUCUUGGAGAAGGCAGAAAGAAGGUGUACUACCUGUCAGUGAGGUCAAAGGACAUCAAUGGCUCGUAGAAGAUGGAAUUCAUAUAAGACAACAUCCGUUUGAUGCUUGGAGUAAAAAAAAUCUUACAGUCCAAGUUGUAAUUGGUACUACUCUCCACUCAGAAACCUCAUUUAACUGGUGGCAGGAGCAUAAAACAUGGACUGAGGAAAGAAUAAUUCAAGAAGUUAACAGCAGUCAGAUUGGCGCUGAAAAUCUUUUAGAUAGAGUCAAAGGGCUUUACAAUUUGACAGUUGAAGGAUACGCAUCUCUUGUAACCGACAUCUCAACCCUAUGUCCACUCCUCAACAUGCACAAGCAGAUUCCUUACUCCAAAUUUUACCUUGUGACCCAACCCAGCGAUGAAUCCGGAUUGAGUUAUGGAGGAACUGAUAUUGAUGCUGUGAUCGGACCAUAUCAAUAUCAAUUGGAUCCACCGGCUAGAAGGUAUCUUUCUUCAAUGAGGAAAGUCUUCUUUAGGUACGUCUCACUUGGAAUCCCUCCGGACCACAAAUAUACCAAAAUCGAUCAAGAUGUGUCAAGACUUGACAUACAAGAUUUAGAGACAAAGUGCACUUUCUGGAAAGAGGCCGGUUUUGAUAAGUUUGCUCGAGUUGAUUAAAGUAGAAAUAACUUUUAAACUUAUAUUAGUGUGAAAAGGCUGACAUCGCUGUGUUAAGAAUUUUUUUUUUCGUAAAAAGGAAGAAAAUAAAAUAUUUAUUUACAAUUUGAGAAUUAAAAAAUAAAAGGAUCCAUCACCUUGAACUAUUUUUCUAAGGAGGUUCAUAAGUUGAUCCUUUUUAAUUUUUAUUCUUAAUUGUAUUUUGAAACGCUUUGCAUUUGUACAACGUAUGUGUUAAGUAAAAAAAAAUUCUACCUGUACCAGUAAACUACUCAUAAAAAUUAAUUAAAUACUGUUAAAAUGUGGUGCAUUUUUAUAUGUGUGUAUAGUCUUCAAUUUUUUAAUAAUUCCUGUGCCACCAGUGUUUUCAGAAUUACCUAAGCAUAAUUUGUUUGAUUUAGAAAAUAAGACUCAUCCUCAAACAACAUUCUUUGAAAUUGUGAUAAUGAUAAAACAAAAUGCAUCCACUAAAACAAAAACAAAACAGUCUAUCCAUUUUUUACAUUUUUCAUACUUUUUUCAAACACACGAAAAGACCAAAGGAACCCGUAGUUUAGUUUUGAUAAAUGAUUUGUAUGUACAAAAAAAAAUAUUUUUUAAAGAUUUUUGUAAAGUUUACAUUUUGAAGAUAAAUUGGUAAAAUUUAUCUUGACAUUUUAAAAAUAAGUAUUUUUGUACCAAUUGUUUGGAAACGGACGAUUAAUUCAAUUCUCUGCCACCAUCCCAUUCGAUGGGUUGAACAAAUGUGUACUAAUUUGUAAUUUAUAAGUCUUCACUUAUUAUAAAGUUAAAGUAUAUUAAUUUUUAGCGUAUAAUCUAUAAAGAUUAUAUUUAAUGUGUUAGUUGCCUAACUCGUAUGCUUCCAUCUUUGAACUCUUCCUUAAAUACUGUAAAUUAAUUGUAUAUUCAAAACUUGCCAUAAAUUGUAUUGCUCGGUUUAUUUGAUAAGUUAUUUUUAUCUAUACUGAUAAAAUUGAUCUGAUGUAAAAUGUUUUGUUUAUUUUUAAUUUGGAGUCAAUUUGUAUAUUGCUGUAUGAUUUCCUUAGAAGUUAAGAGUGAUUUUUUUUUUUACUUAUGUUUUACUGUUUAAAUAAAAUU